AUGGUGGCGGAGCUUGUCGCCCGCCUGCGCGAACCACCGCCAAGCUGGGCCUCGGGCAAGUCGCCGACGCGGCGCAAGGGCGACCACAAGAAGCCCGCCAUAUCGCCACCGGCCACGUGGUGGCUCUCAAAGCCUUGCGGCUUGCGCACAUCGACGAUUCACGGGUGCCAUUUCACGGUCUCGUACCUUCUCUUGGCAACAGAGUACUGUUACCACGGCGACUUGUUCGACUACAACGAAGUCAACAAGCCGCUGCCGAGCCGGACGAUCCGGAAGUUCACGGGGCAGAUCGCGGCCAACCUCGGUGCGCUCCACGCUGCUGGCGUCAUGCACCGCGACAUCGAGCCCGAAAACAUCUACGUCGACGGCAUCUCGACGUAG